AUGGAGUCACCAUGCCUCUUCCGCUACAACGGACUCUCCCUCGUCUACCUCGUCUUCCUCCUCCUCAUCCCGCUCUUCGCCGAGCCAACCAAGGAGACCGUGAGAGGGUUAGAGACAUUCCACACGGACCUGGACCCGGCUCGCCGUGCUGCUGCCAGCUUCUACUGGCUGCCGCACGGCUCUCGCUACGCCGAUAGCAUCCAAGAGUCCGCUGCCGCCACCCCUUCGUCGUCCCACGACAACGGCGGCUUCCGCGACGAUGCCGCGGACAAUGUCGCGCUCCCAGAAGGCCGACCUGACCUGACCACGUCCUUCCAUUCUGCAGGUUUAUCAGGCCAGGGGUCAAAGUGCAGCUUGGAGGGCGAAGCGGAGGCCGGGGGUCAGGGGUCGGGCCCGGCGGGACACUUUGGGACGGUCGGCCGGUUUCUGAUGCAGCAGAGCUACGUGACGGCACUCAUCGCGAUGAUGGCGUGGAGCAUCACCUACCACAGUUGGCUGACCUUCGUGCUGCUGCUUUGGUCGUGCCUCAUCUGGAUGAUGCGGAACCGGCGCCACUACACCAUGCUGAGCGCCCCCUUCCUCGUGGCCUACGGCAACGUGCUCUGCCUGCUCGCCUACGUGUGGAGCCUGCGUCUCAACGAGCACGAGCUGCCGCUCAAGGUCGGGGUGGUGGAGUUUGCGCCAAUUGGCCUGGUGCGUGAGGACAUCCCCUGCGUGUCUCUCGGCAGCAAGCUGCUGUACAACGCCACCUUCUGGCUCCUGCUGCGACAGCGCCUGAAGGAGCGCCUGGAGGCGCAGCCCGAGAAGGAGCACCCCCCACCCCCAUCCGGGGAGGCCGAGGGCGAGGCGGGCAGCAACUUGAUGCACGUGCUGGGGGCCCUGGUGCGCGGCCUCUUCGUCAAGUACUGGAUCUACGUGUGCGGGGGGAUGUUCUUCUUCGUGGGCCUCCAGGGCCGCCUCGUCACCUACAAGAUCAUCUACAUGGCGCUGUGCCUCGGCUGCGUGGCGCUCUACCAGGUGCAUUAUAACUGGUGGCGUCGGUUGCUCAAGUACUUCUGGAUGGUGGUGGUGUCCUACACGAUGCUGGUCACCAUCUUCAUCUACACCUACCAGUUCGAGUCCUUCCCCGGCCUGUGGAGGAACAUGACGCGCCUCUCGGACUCACAGCUGCGUGAUCUGGGUCUGCAACAGUUCAGCGUGUCGGAGCUCUUCACCCAGGUGCUUAUCCCCACCGCCUUCCUGCUCUGCUGCAUCCUGCAGCUGCACUACUUCCACGACAGCUUCCUGGCGCUCACCGACCUGGACAGCGCCGCCCGCGCUAACCAGGGCGUUGCCUACAGCUACUCUAAAGUCAGUGGGAGAGUCUAUGUGUUAGUCAAUAGCAUCAAGGAAAAUCUAGGCAAAAGGCGUCCCCAGCUUGCCACGGACGAGGGGAGCCUCCCGGACGUGGGCAUGCAGAGAAAUGGAGCGGUAGGGGAGCAGCCGGGAGGCGGGGAAGAGGCUGCGGUGUGCGAGAAGGAAUCAGCGGAGUACCCCACGGAGGACCGGGAUUCCCCGCCGCCCGACGGAGAGAAAGAAGAGGAUGAGGAUGAGGACGAUGAAAUGGAGACGGAGGAAGAGGAGGAAGAGGAGGAAGAGGAGGAGCGGAACAAGUGGAUGCUGGUGCUCGACCGGCUGACGGUGCUCUUCCUCAAGUCGGUGGACAUUCUGCGCAAGGUGCAGACCCUGGCCUGGCGCAUCCUGGAGCUGCACAUCAUCAAGGUCGUCUCCUUCUACAUCAUCUGGAUCUCCCUCAAGGACGUGUCCCUGAUGAACUCGCUCUUCCUGGGGCUCUGGGUGUUCGCGCUGCCGUGCGUGCGCUUCCGGCCGCUCGCUGCGUCCAUCAGCACUGUGUGGGCGUGCGUGCUCAUCAUCUGCAAGAUGAUCUACCAGCUGGACACCAUCGACCCCGUCCACUACUCCAGCAACUGCUCGGUGCCGCUGCUGAACGAGACGUCGUUGGAGACGGAGGAGCUGCUGCGAGGCUCCACACUGUACGCUGGGCCCGUCGAUCCCCUGCCGUGGGUCGGGAUUCGCAAAUCACGGCCGGUGUUCUCCUACAUCCGGCACCACGUGGUGGCGCUGGCGCUGCUGGUGGUGGAGAUCACGGUGACGAGGCGGCAGCUCUACCACCGGCUGCACUUCGGCCUCACGCCGCCGCUCAUGAGCACCGUCUUCGAAAACGUGUCGCGGCGCAACCUGGACGAGGGCAUCUUGGGCUGCAUCAAGUACUUCAUCAACUACGGCUUCUACAAGUUCGGCCUCGAGAUCUGCUUGCUGACGGCGGUGAACACGGUGGGCCAGCGCAUGGACCUGUACGCGUGCCUCCACGGGGCCUGCAUGCUGGCGCUCAUGGCCCGCCGGCGCCGCAAGGCAAUCGCGCAGGCCUGGCCACGAUACUGCCUCUUCUUGGCGUCGCUCAUGCUCUUCCAGUACCUGCUGUGCAUCGGCAUCCCCCCAGCGCUCUGCCAGGAGUACCCAUGGAGGUUCGCCGGAGCCACCUUCAACUCCAACCUCAUCAAGUGGCUCUUCUUUCCCGACUUCGCAAUGAGACCCAACCCCAUCCUCAUCAUCUACGACUGCAUGCUGCUGCUGGUGGCGUCACUGCAGCUGUGCGUGUUCGAGGAGGAGAACCGCGCGGCCGUGCGCCUGCAGGCCGGGGACAAUGUGGAGGUUUGCUGGAGCCUCAACGCCGUCGACUUCAGCUCCGACAACCCCGUGCCCGACUUCAUCCACUGCAAGUCCUACCUGGACAUGAUCAAGGUGAUCCUCUUCAGCUACCUCUUCUGGUUCGUCCUCAUCGUGAUUUUCUUCGCGGGCACCAUGCGCAUCAGCUUCUUCUGCAUGGGCUACCUCGUGGGCUGCUUCUACUUCCUGCUGUUCGGCGGGCAGCUGCUGCUGCAGCCGCUGCGCCGGACGCUGCUGCUGUGGGACUACAUGAUCGCCUACAACGUGGCCGUCAUAGUUGUGAAGAACGUGCUGUCCAUUGCCGCUUGCGCCUACCUGCGCUCGCUCGGGGAGAACUGCUGCUGGCUCGUGCAGGCCUUCAGCCUGGUGUGCACCAUCAAGGGCUACAACCAGGACUUCCCGGACCCCAAGCUGUGCGAGCUGCCCCGCGCCGAGGCCGGCAUCAUCUGGGACGCCAUCUGCUUUUUCUUCCUGCUGCUGCAGCGCAGGGUCUUCCUCAGCUACUACUACCUGCACGUGGUGGCCGACCUGCAGGCCUCCACGCUGCUCGCCUCGCGCGGUGCCGAGCUGAUCCACGCGGAGAUGGUGAAGUCCGUGAAGGCGCGCAUGGAGGAGGAGAAGAAGUCCAUGGACCAGCUGAAGCGACAGAUGGAGCGGAUCAUUGCGCGGCAGCAGAAGUUCAAGAAGGGAAAGGAGUCGGCACCGGUGGAGGGUGAAAAGGAGCUCACACACUUCCAAGCCCCGGAGGGUGCCGGGAAGGAGAGUGGGGAGAUGGAACCUGGUGGCAAGAAGAGGAGGAAGAAGUGGUGGCGUCCAUGGGUCGACCAUGCCUCCAUGGUCCGCUCUGGCGAUUAUUACCUCUUCGAGACGGACAGUGAAGAGGAGGAGGAGGACGAGGAGCGAGACGGCGCCGCCACACAGAAGAAGAGCGCCUUCCAGCAAGCGCUGGGAAAGAUUCUUUCCGCAUUAAUAGCCUUGCCAAAGUCAAUCCUUUCCCUGCCUGGCCGGAUUCUGCGCUGGCUAGUCAGGGCCUUCAAGUUUGCUUACCACGCGUGGGUUACGGACUCGCGCUCGGCACUCAAGGAGCGGCAGCGCGAGAAGAAGCAGAUCCAUCGCGAGCAGAGAGACAGGCAGAGAGACAGGCAGAGAGACAAGCAGCGCAGCAAGCCACGUGACGGAGCAACCGACGUGAGGGUGGACAUCCCCGAAGAGGACGAUGGAACAUCACCUGCUGACGAGACCCAGGGGGAGGAGGAGGAGGGCCCGGACAGCGUGGUGCGGCGGGCGCUCUACAUCGUCAAGUUCACCUACGUGCUGUCCCUCGCCUUCCUCGACUCCUUCGUCGAGUGGCUUAACGCGGUGUCGCGCGAGUACGCCAACAUCUCCACCGUGCUGCGCAUCGAGCGCUGCAUGCUGUCGCGCGAGGUCAAGAAGGGGAACGUUCCCUCCAAGGAGAGCAUCAUGAGCUACUACCACACCAAGAUGAACCGCUCGGAGGACGAGGCGUCGGUGGACGAGAGCGGCCCAAGCUCGGGGCGAGGGCCUCGUCGGGGCGAGGGGAGCCAGGCCCGCGAGAGGGCAGCCAGGCCCACGCGGCUCCGUGGAGCCGCCUCCAGCCAGGACUCGGUGCUCAUGUCGGACAGCAGCCCCUGCAGCUGCGUGACGGAGGCCACGACGCUGUGGUCGCAGCAGAACACGCUCGACUCGGCCGGAGAGGACACGGCUCCUGGCACCGCCGCCACCGUCGCGACCGCGCCGGCCACGCCGGCCACGCCGGCCACGCCGAUCACGCCGAUCACGCCGGGCACGCCGGGCACGCCGGGCACGCCGGGCACGCCGGGCACGCCAGGCACGCCGGGCACGCCGGGCGAGCGGUUUCGCCCGCGCCUACGCCGCUCCAUCCACGUGGACGACUCGCAGUCGUCCUCACUCGACAGCUCCAGCCAGAUGCAGAGCGAGGCCACGCAGGUGACGACGCUGGCGUCGCGCCAGGGAACCGCUGACACCAUCGAGGAGGCGUCCGACGAGGAGGAGGCGGCGGCGGCGCGCGGCGGCGCGCGGGGACGGCGCCAUCCCGGGGAGCGGCUCCGUCGUCGGGGGGCGGCGGGAGCGACCGGGACGUCCGACUUCGGCUGCGCGACCGGCGAGGGGGCGACGAGCGACGACGUGGAGUUCGAGGCGGAGGACGAGAGCCCCGCCGAGUUCCCACGCGGCAUCAAUGAGGCGCCGCCCACCUACAGCAAGGCCGCCAGCCUGGACUCGCUGCCGGAGGCCGGAGUUGUCGUCCUGCGGAAAUCGCCGGCGCCGAAGGAGGCGGCGGCAGUGGAUUUGGGCGACCCCCCCAAGAGCCUGCCGUCGGUGCAGGGCGGGGACGCGCCCGGCAUGGCGCUGUCCCACCAGCACACGGCCAGCGAGCUGCUGCUCAACAGGCUCUUUGAGGACGACGACCUCGACGACUCGGACCGCUUCUACGCGGAGCAGACGCGGCUGCUCAAGCUCUUCUUCGCGCUCUACAACACCGUGGUGGCGCGCUCCGAGAUGAUGUGCUACUUCAUCAUCAUCCUCAACCACAUGAUCUCGGCCUCCAGCAUCACCCUGGUGCUGCCCAUCCUCAUCUUCCUGUGGGCCAUGCUGUCUGUGCCGCGGCCCAGCAAGCGUUUCUGGAUGACGGCUAUCGUGUACACCGAGGUGACGGUGGUCAUCAAAUACUUCUUCCAAUUCGGCUUCUUCCCCUGGAACACGAUGGUGAGGCUUGCCCUGAGCCUGGACAAGCCCUUCGACCCGGCGACCAUCAUCGGCGUGGAGAAGAAGGAGGGAUACGUUUACUACGACCUCGUGCAGCUGCUCGUGCUCUUUUUCCACCGCUCCAUCCUCAAGUGCUACGGCCUUUGGGACGACGCCGAGGAGGAGCGAGCAACCCCGGGCGACGAGGCGAGCGUCGGCGGCGGGGAGGGCUCCCCGGCGGCGCCCGGCAGCCGCAAGCCGUCGUGCCAAGAGGCGGCUCGCCCGCUCGGUGAGCGGCCCCGCGGGGCCAGCGCGGAGCCCGCCCCCUCCGUCUCCGUCGCGGGGCCGCCCUCUCCGGGCCCGCCGGCCGUCUCGGGGCCACCCGCCGUUCCGUCCGGCCCUCUGCUGGCCGUGCCGAGCGGCCCGGUGCCGGGCGGCGCCGGCCGCCACCCGGGCGGCCACCGGCGCAAGAGUUCGGGGAUCUCUCGGCUGUCGGGCCACAGCUCGCGGCCAGGGAGCAGCCGGAAGGGCAGCAGCCGGAAGGGCAGCAGAAUGCCGACCCCGCCGGCCCCGCGCACCCGGAAGGAGCUGCUGAUGAUGAAGGCGCAGGAGCUGGCCAUGCGGUGUCGCAACUUCGUCAUUGCCCGAGUGCUGCAGGUGUACCGCCCCAUCCGCCAGUUCUUCUACGACCUCAUCCACCCGGACUUCAGCCCCGUGACGGACGUCUACGCCCUCAUGUUCAUGGCCGACGUCGUCGACUUCAUCAUCAUCGUCUUCGGAUACUGGGCGUUCGGGAAACACUCGGCGGCUGCGGACAUCGCGUCCUCGCUGUCCGAGGACCAGGUGCCCCAGGCCUUCCUCGUCAUGCUGCUGCUUCAGUUCAGCACCAUGGUGGUGGACCGUGCGCUCUACCUGCGCAAGACCGUGCUCGGCAAGGUCAUCUUCCAGGUCGUGCUCGUGUUCGGCAUCCACUUCUGGAUGUUCUUCAUCCUGCCCGGCGUCACCGAAAGGAAGUUCAACCUGAACACAGUGGCCCAGCUGUGGUACUUUGUGAAGUGCGUGUACUUCGGGCUGUCCGCCUACCAGAUCCGCUGCGGCUACCCCACCCGCAUCCUGGGCAACUUCCUCACCAAGAAAUACAACUACAUGAACCUCUUUCUGUUCCAGGGGUUCCGCCUGGUACCCUUCCUGAUCGAGCUGCGCGCUAUCAUGGACUGGGUGUGGACGGACACCACGCUCAGCCUCUCCAGCUGGAUCUGCAUCGAGGACAUCUAUGCCAACACCUUCAUUCUCAAGUGCUGGCGCGAGUCCGAGAAGAGGUACCCCCAGCCGCGCGGGCAGAAGAAGAAGAAGAUGGUGAAGUACGGAAUGGGUGGCAUGAUGGUCUUCCUCCUCAUCUGCAUCGUGUGGUUCCCGUUGCUCUUCAUGUCGCUCGUCAAGUCGGUGGCCGGGGUCGUGAACCCGCCCAUCGACGUCUCCGUGUCGCUCUCUCUUGGCGGAUACGAGCCGCUGUACAUGAUGAGUGCCCAGCAGCAGUCCCUGGUUCGCUUCUCCGAGACGGAAUACAAGAAACUCACCAACACAUUCGGGAACCAAGCGUCGGCGAUGCAGUUCAUCACCGUCUACUCGGCAGAGGACAUAACGACGGCGCGACUGGCCGGGAACUCGACGGCCGUGUGGGGGAUCAGCCCCCCCAGCCGCAACAAACUCAUCCAGGAGCUGCUUAGCAACGCGUCCGGCAUCACCUUGCGCUUCUACUGGAAAAUACAGCGUGACCCGAAGAUGGGGGGGAAGUCGGAGGUGACGCGCGAGAAGCACACCAUUGAGAUGAACGCCACUCACCCGGCACGCGCACAGAUCGCUGCCAUGCUGCAGGACAACAGCACGCACAGGGCUGUGCUGAUCAAGAACCUUUUCCCUCCGUACCUGAAAGCGCCCGGUGGCCCGGACUCAACACCCGUGCGACAGAUGCUGCCAGAGGGCGAGCGCAGCUACUCCGACGUGGAGCUGGUGCUGAGGCAGGGCUCCCCGGCGAGCAGCAGCCACGCCGAGUGGUGGAGCCUGCGGCAGCUGCGCAGCGACUGCCCGGGCAGGCGCUGCGACGACAUCCGCAUCAUCGUGUUCAGCGACCGCGUCAGCCCUCCCAGCCUGGGCUUCCUGGCCGGCUACGGCAUCCUGGGCCUGUACGCCUCCGUGGUGCUGGUCGUGGGAAAGUUCGUGCGCGAGUUCUUCAGCGGCAUCUCGCACUCCAUCAUGUUCGAGGAGCUGCCCAACGUGGACCGCGUCCUCAAGCUGUGCACCGACAUCUUCCUGGUGCGCGAGACGGGCGAGCUGCAGCUGGAGGAGGACCUCUACGCCAAGCUCAUCUUCCUCUACCGCUCGCCCGAGACCAUGAUCAAGUGGACCCGCGAGAAGGAGGACUGAGCCGGGCGGCCGACCGUCUCUCAACGGUGGUUUCUCUUGAGCAGCGCUUCCCCCGAGGAGUCCGUGUCACGCGAUGCAUCUCCCGAGCUUCUGUGGGGGGAGACCGAUGUCACCGUUUGUCUUUUCUCGUGCCCGCCUCUCGGUUCAGUGGUGCCUCCUCAAGUCUUCGAGUCCAGUCUCUGCUUCCACACCGUGGAGGCGCAAGCCCGGGCUCCGUUUUCCACGACGUGGCUUCUAGCUUGUGGCUGUGUGUCCCACAUUAAUGGUGAAUGAAUUAAUUGAUUAAAAGUCUGGAUCCCAUUCGAGUAACGAGUCCCUUUGCCUGGGCUUCCCUUUAACCCCAUGCGUCUCCCGGGGGAGGUCGGUUCCCGGCACCGUGACGGCCAACCCCGGCUCUCGCUUCCGUGGACUUGUAGCCGGGCAAACGGUUUUCAUGACCCGUCGUCUCUUCUCAACAACGCGUGCAGGACGCGGCCUCCCGUUUCAACAAAGCCUCGAGCCUGGGAGUCCUUAAGAAAACAUGUCCACUGGUUUGCAUCUUGCAAGUGAGAUAUUUCAACAAAGGUUCUUCAAGUCUGAGCUUUCCACUCAUUAAUGAAUUACAGGAAGCGUGCGUCUUGCAGUUCGGAUAAUAUUCCAUCGAGAGUGAUCUUGAAGGGCUCCCAAGGCAUUCCCAGCUCGACCUGGACUCUUCCAAGAUGCUGCUGGCUUUGGAUUCCACGGGCGAUGAGCUCCGGCUGGAGGGGACGAUCGAGUCUUUUUUUUGCUGCCGAGGCAGGGAGAUGGGACGCAGUGCUACCCCUCCCCCGUCUUCACGACGGCACUGGGACGAUCGUCUGGUUGGCACUGUGGUGCCCGCCACUAAUGGGCAUCGCCGCCGCCGCCACCUCGCCAGCCCAGAGGUCGCACGUGCGGGCAUCGCGGCGCACGUCCACCAGCCUUGUAGGCGAGGGCGGAGUGCACUUUGUAUUUAAUUACUUGUUCACUUAAACUUUUAACCAAUCGCGGUCGGCAUGCACUGAAGUGAGUAAAUAUUGUGCGCAUACUGUAGUGCGUACUGUGGUUUUAGACUUCCGUGUCGUGUCUCACACAUCGGUGAUACUCAAACUAGGCCUUUCCUCCUUGCCCAGGCCCCGAUGAGAUGCCGUCUUGCAGUGUAUCUCAUUUCCUUGCCGAACAAAUAUGUAUUUAAACUUUUACCAAAGACAUAGGAAAGGACAGACGUUUUCUGCAUAGGUUUGGAUGAAAAAGACAAUAAAUAAGCUACUGAUACCAUUUACAGCGUCAUAAUAUAGGUCUCGCUCAUUAGUUGACUGUAAAGUAAUGGUCCAGUCUGCGUAUUUAGAUUUGGACAAAGCAGAAUAGACCUGAACACUGUAAUUGACAUUUUGUGAGAUUCUAUUUUUUUCUUGUAGUGUGGAGGUUUUGAUUUCUCUUUUACUGAAUCUAAUUAUCAUUGCAUGACAGCGCUGUAAUUGUGCGUGAGCCCUUCGAAGCCUGAGGACGAGCGGCACUAUGAAGAUGCUAAAGAUGAUUUAACCCAAUUAAAUUGGUCGAUCGAUUGCUAUGUAAUGACCUAUAGCCUAGCCGAUUACGAAUGGAGCUCAUCCACCAGGCUAGGCGGUGUGUUACAUUUUCCGGUGGCCCUGACAACAUUUAGCGAUACAUCCUGUGGCAUCAUUGCACCACACCGGGUGGAACGCCGCCUCCGCCGCCGCCACGUGCGAUGCCGCUCUCACGCUGGCGCGUCCGAUCCCAGCCAGCACGGGGGACCUCCACGGCACGGGUGGUUUUCCACCGGCGAAUUGGCGUGCCAAGUCCAGACCGGACUCGUUAGACGCCGGCCUUUCCUCUCGCGGCUCGGCCGCAGCGUGGCUGAGGCGGAGGAGGUUGUAGACGCCGCUGGUAGACGCGGUUCGGUUUGGGCGUUGCCGGUCGUCCACGCGCUCGGGGGGCGUCGUUUGAAUUCAAGAGUUGUCGUUUGUGCGUGGCGGCACGCGCGCGCCGCAGUGCCACGACCUCGUGGGUGCUGCUAGGGGUGAGCAUGUUGAGACCCGGCUGUAUACCUCAUCGGAAUCUCGCGGUGUUCCUCGUGCGGGCGCGUCCGAAUUGUGGCGAUGGCCUCUGUGAUGCGGCAUGGUCACGUGGUCUUUUCCAUUUCUUUAUCGUGGAAACAAACUGCUUCUGUGUUUAUUUUUUCUUCCCAUUAUGUUUCCAUAAACGCGAAUUAUACAGGCGGCAGUAUUGGCUUGAAAAAAGUGCGUGCAGAAAUUCGAUUUAGAUAAUAGCGAAAUAACAGUUAAAAUCGAACGUUUUAUUGUGUUGUGUGUAAAAUGGGUUUUGGAAUGUAAGCGUUGUCGCGUUGACUUGCACACAACAGCAGAAUGGUUCCCACCCCCAACACGGCUCUCUGUGUUUGGGCACAGACUGCUCAGCCAGCGUGUGCGGAGCGCUCUGAGGUUGAUUCGUGUUCCUGGGUUAGCGUCAACGUUUGUCCUCUUGCGUUACAUUGGAAUCGUAUUCUGUACAUGCCAAGUCCGAUGUUGGAUAUAAUCAGUGGGCCAGUGUUGAUGGCCCAAAGCUCAUUGAUACGACGUCGCACUGAAUAAAUGUACAUCUUUA